GGGAUCAGAGCAGCUGCGCCAAUGCGACAAUGCUCCAUCUUUUUCCAGACCCUCCAAUUCCACAGCAACCCCCCUGAGCCGACCCGACCGCAUCCCGACGACUACCUCGAGGCGACGCAUUGUGAGCCAGCCACUGUCGCCAGCAUCGUCGACCGUCGGAAUUUUAACAAUAUAGACGAUAUCAUUGUCAACACCACACGUAUCAGUUCUCGUACACCCAGCCUUAGGCAUUUGGGGCUCUGAGAUGCAGCCGGCCGAUUCCCGUUAGCUUUCGAUCGAUUCGAAGCGCGCUCGAACUCGACCAGCCAGAAACCACACUGUUGCUGCUUCCCUGCUCCGCUGUCUUUGAAAUCCAGCCUCCGAAACCUCGACUUUCUCUGUCGAUUUCGCUUAUACUUGAGCCCUUCGUCUAGACUAGUCGCGUGACGGGGAUAUUGAAAGCUGGGGGGAUUACCAGGCCUUGACGGCAUUACCACACUACACUGCAUUGCAUUGCAGACGUUACGCCCAGCUUAGCUUGCAUCAUACAAGAGCAGAACAGAGUUGAGGAUAUCACAAAAUGGCGUCUUCAGGCCCCACGGGCUUUCUGGGCCGAUCCAGCAGCAGCAAUGCCAAUAUGCGAGGACUAGUGCAGUUCAUUGCCGACUUGCGCAAUGCGCGUGCUCGAGAAUUGGAAGAGAAGAGAAUCAACAAGGAACUGGCCAAUAUCAGGCAAAAGUUCAAAGAUGGUAAUCUGAGCGGGUAUCACAAAAAGAAAUAUGUUUGCAAGCUUCUGUACAUCUACAUUCUGGGCUGGAACGUCGAUUUUGGACACCUCGAGGCAGUCAAUCUCAUCUCGGCAACAAAGUACUCGGAGAAGCAGAUUGGGUAUUUGGCAAUGACCUUGUUCUUGCACGAGCAGCACGAGCUAUUACACCUGGUGGUGAACAGUAUUCGGAAAGAUCUGAUGGACCACAACGAACUGUUCAACUGCCUUGCACUGCACGCCAUUGCAAACGUGGGUGGUCGGGAGAUGGGCGAGGCCCUUAGCGGAGAGGUACACAGGUUACUGAUCUCACCCACCUCGAAAUCUUUUGUCAAAAAGAAGGCGGCGCUUACCCUGCUCCGCUUGUACCGAAAAAAUCCUGGCAUCGUCCAGCCUCAAUGGGCAGAGAGGAUAAUACAUCUUAUGGAUGACCCGGAUUUUGGCGUGGCAUUAUCCGUUACCUCACUGGUCAUGGCUUUGGCCCAGGACGACCUCGAGCAGUACAAGGGCGCAUAUGCCAAGGCCGCCGCCCGCCUGAAACGGAUCCUUAUCGACGGGGAGUACGCCUCAGACUAUCUGUACUACAAGGUGCCUUGUCCCUGGCUCCAGAUCAAGCUCUUGCGACUCCUGCAGUAUUUCCCACCUUCCGAGGACAGUCACGUUCGGGAGAUGAUCCGGCAGUCCCUUCAAAGGAUAUUGGACCUCGCCUUGGAAACGAACAAAAAUGUACAGCAAAACAAUGCGCAAAAUGCUGUUCUCUUCGAAGCCAUCAACCUCAUCAUCCACCUCGAUACUGAACACGCUCUCAUGAAGCAGAUAUCUCAGAGACUGGGGCGAUUUAUCCAGUCGAGGGAGACAAAUGUUCGGUAUCUAGGUCUUGAGGCUAUGACGCACUUGGCCGCUCGAUCUGACACCACACUUGGUCCCAUCAAGCAACACCAGGAGGUGAUUUUGGGAUCUCUCAAGGACAGAGACAUCAGCGUUCGACGAAAGGGCCUUGAUCUCCUGUAUAGCAUGUGCGAUCACACAAAUGCACGACCAAUCGUGGGCGAGCUUCUUCACUACCUUCAAAACGCCGAUUUUGCAAUUCGAGAAGAGAUGGUGCUAAAAAUCGCCAUUCUGACGGAAAAGUAUGCCACCGAUGUCCAGUGGUAUGUUGACAUCUCCCUGCGUCUCAUCGCCAUGGCAGGAGAUCAUGUCAGUGAUGAGGUAUGGCAGCGUGUCAUCCAAAUUAUCACCAACAACGAGGAGCUGCAAGUAUAUGCUGCCCAAAACAUUCUUCAAUACUGCAAACAAGAUCACUGUCACGAGACAUUGGUCAAGAUUGGGGCCUACAUCCUCGGAGAGUUUGGUCAUUUGAUUGCUGAAGAGAAGGGCUGCAGUCCGAUCGAGCAGUUUAUUGCAUUGCAGAGCAAGCUCCCCGCCUGCGCACCAGGGACUCGUGGCAUGAUUCUGUCGUGUUUUGUAAAAUACGUGAAUCUGUUCCCCGAGAUCAAGCCACAGCUCGUCAACGUCUUCAACGUCUACAGCCACACGCUUGACCCUGAACUGCAGCAAAGAGCUUGCGAAUAUUUGACACUGGCAAGUAUGCCGACCGACGAUCUUCUCCGCACUGUUUGUGAUGAGAUGCCACCGUUCCCAGAGCGCGAGUCGGCCUUGCUUUCCAGGCUACACCGGAAGCAUGCGAACACAAGCGAUAAGAGGACGUGGAUCGUGGGAGGAAAGGACGCCAACUCGGACGCCGCUGAGCUCACGCUGGCCAAGAAUGGAAGUCUUAGAAGGACGUUCACCAACGCCGGUACCAAGCCAAACGGGGGUGCGGCCGGCGAUCUCUUAGGUCUUGACAUGAACAAUAUUGGCCCGGCAGAGGCAAAGUCAAUACCCAAUCUCGCCAGUGCCGCUCACUUGUCACCCAACUGGGAGAAGGGCUUCAACCGGCUUCUUCUCAAGCCAGAUGGCGUUCUUUACGAGGAUGGCCAGCUCCAGGUUGGCGUGCGGUCCGAGUACCGCGGUCAGAUGGCUUGCCUGAUUUUGUACUUUACAAACAAGACUCCGGCUCUUGUUGGAUCGUUCACCACGACGCUUGAUUUGGACACGUCAGAAAAGACCAAUCUGACAUGGGACGUCAAGGGCCUUCCCGACACGACGAUUGCACGGGGUGCUCAGGCCCAGCAGGUCAUUAUGUUUGAAGCCAAGAAGGUUUUCGAAAAGAGCCCAACAAUCCGGAUCAGCUACCUGGCCGGUGCGUUGCAGGCUCUUACCCUCAAGCUUCCUGUCACUCUCCACAAGUUCAUGGAUCCUGCCGAACUGACUGCUGAGGAUUUCUUCAAGAGGUGGAAGCAAAUCGGCGGGGCCCCUCGUGAGGCACAACAGGUGUUUGGGUUGACAACUGCUGCCAAGGACCAGCAAAGGGAACUCACCGACGGCUUCAUUCGAGAUGUCAUCAAGGGUUUCAGGUGGGGGGUGCUGAACAAUGUCGACCCUAAUACCAAGAAUUUUGUGGGUGCCAGCGUUGUGCACACGAGCGAGGGUGGGAAGAUUGGCUGCCUGCUCAGACUGGAGCCAAACUACGGAACACAGAUGAUUCGCCUUACGAUCAGGGCUACUGAUGACAGCGUACCGCCUGUGAUCCUGAAGCUUAUGGAGGGCAGGCUUGCACAGGGCCUGUCAACGGUGCAGGAGAGACACGGGCCACCGCAAACCGUGAGCGACAUCUCAGAUUCAUUUAGGAAUAUAAUGGUUCGUUGA